AUGCUGAAAAAGAAACUCUCAAUUGUUAGCUUUAUUGGUGUAUCCGAUGUACAAAAUAAAGGAAGUGUUGGUAAUAACUUGAUCAAACUUUCACAAUGGCGGCGGUGAUUGUGUUUUUAGUUCUACUGUUGUUUAGCAGUGGUUCAGAAGUUAGCGCGGAUGGAAAUGUAACGUUGGGCGUCACUUUAAAUCUCACCUGGUGGCAGGAGGCGGUGUUCUAUCAAAUCUACCCUCGAUCUUUCCAGGACUCUAAUGGAGACGGUGUCGGUGAUUUGAAAGGUAUCACGUCUAGAAUCGAUUAUCUCAAAGACCUCGGUAUCGAUUGUAUCUGGUUGAGCCCCAUCUGUCGAUCCCCAAUGAAAGACUUUGGCUACGACUGCUCCGAUGCGGAAGAUGUCGAUCCCAUCUUCGGAAAUCUUGAUGACUUCAAGGAACUUUUGCAAGUGGUCCAUAACAAAGGUCUCAAACUGAUUGUAGAUUUCGUGCCUGGCUAUACCAGUGAUCAACACAUUUGGUUUCAGAAGUCUGUCAGGCGAGAGGGAAAGUACACCAACUAUUAUAUUUGGGACGAUGGCAAACUGCUAGACAACGGAACCCGCGCCCCUCCCAGCAAUUGGUUAUCUAUCUUUGAAGGCCCUGCCUGGGAGUGGAAUGAGGUCAGACAACAAUACUUCUAUCACGUCUUCCUGAAGGAACAGCCAGAGAUGAACUUUAGAGAUGAGAAUGUGAAGUGGGAGAUGAAGAAUCUCCUUCGCUACUGGUUAGAUUUAGGGGUCGAUGGAUUUCGGGCUGACGCCAUAACGGCCAUCGUGACAGCUUCCAAUCAUUCACUGGAUGAGCCUCUGUCUGGGAAAGACGUGCCCCCGGACCAAGAUGACUAUCUUGACCACAUCUACACCCAAAAUCAGCCAGAGAUCGGACCAAUACUGAAAGAAUGGUACGACAUUUUGGAUGAGUACACAGAAAAAGAUGGAAGAAUAAGAUUUAUGGUAUUAGAGACGUAUGCCACACACGAAGUGAGAAACUCUCUGUACUCUCAAGGUCAAGGUAACCCAUUCAACUUUGACUUCCUCGACAUGAGCCGACCUGCAUCUACCAGGGAAAUCUAUGACACCAUUAUGCAGGAGUACACAGCUCUACUACCUGGGAAGUGGCCCAACUUUGUGCUUGGUAACCAUGACAACAACAGAGUGAGUGCGAGAAAUGGCUAUCAGUACGUAGAUGUGUUCAACAUGCUGCUUCUCACACUGAAAGGAACUCCAACCACGUACUAUGGGGAAGAGCUUGGCAUGCUGCAAGCCGACAUCUCUUGGAACCAAACAAUAGACCCAUGGGGGCUCAACUUUGGCCCGGACCGCUACCAAAACUUUUCCAGAGAUCCGGAACGGACACCUAUGCAGUGGACAGACGGACCUCAUGCGGGCUUCACGACUGGCAACAAGACCUGGUUACCUCUGGGUAAAAACUAUACAAGUCUGAACGUAAAGGUUGAGACUGAGUCACCCGGACAGACAAGUCUUAAGAUGUAUAAACAACUCACAGCUUUAAGAAAAAACCCAGCUUUUACUCAGGGAUCUUUUAAGACGGCUUUGGUCACAGAUGACGUCAUAUCCUACCAGCGACAACUUGGGGACGAGAAUUUUCUCGUAGUCCUCAACUUUGGCGAGGAGACUUCAGUAGAUGUGUCCUCGUAUGGAGGUUUGACCGGGACCGUCUCAGUUUUUACUCCCUCUAUGACGUCAUUGAAGACCGGAGACUCUGUUUCUUUGAACAACCUGAAGCUUGGGGUGGGCGAUAGUCUCGUGUUCAGAGUUCAACCCUCCAGUAGUUCUGAAAUUAUUGGCUAAGUAAAAAAAAAAUGUACAACUCUUUUAUAGUACCAUGAUGUUUAAUUAUAACAUUACUACCGCCUUA